GGAAAGUAUGCGAAACUGCAACUGAGUGGCGUUGUUGCGCCGGCAGCGGAGGCUUUCCUGUCCCUUUGCACACCCAGAGUCAGAGCGCCGGAGCUGGGGAAGCAGCUGGAAAAUGCUCGCCAACACUUCCACGGCAGCCAAGCCUGAAGAACAGAGACUUCUCACUUUCCCGCUUAUGGCUUGGCCUCGCGCUUAAAGCCAGUCCCACGGGUUCCCUCUCCGUGUGCCUAGUCACACCUGCCGGGCGAUGCCAAUGGCCGGGCUGCCCACCGGGGCUGCGCGCUUUCUCACUCAACUGCGGCCGGCCAGUCGUCGCCGGGCUUGGUAUGUCUUCGGAGGCAGCGGAGCCUAGGCUCUCUCCGCUCCUCGGCUUAUGGACGGCUGCGGUCAGAGCAGCGGCGGCAGCCGCGCUAGCUAAGCGAAGCAACCUGCGGCAGGACUGCUGCGCCGGGGAGCGGGAGCCCGCAAUGCAUUGGCCUCACUACUUUUCCUCCUCCUGCCUGUCUAAGCAGGGCCGCCGCCGCUGCCGCUAGACACAACACCACACAGCAACACAAGGAGGGGGAAAAGUAAGGGAGAGAGGAAAGGGAAAAAAAAAAAAAGCCCAGGAAGAUGGCGCCCACCAAGCCAAGCUUUCAGCAGGAUCCUUCGAGGCGAGAACGUUUACAAGCCUUGAGAAAGGAAAAAUCCCGAGAUGCUGCUCGUUCUCGAAGAGGAAAAGAAAAUUUUGAAUUCUAUGAGUUGGCCAAAUUGUUGCCACUCCCUGCUGCCAUUACCAGCCAGCUUGACAAGGCAUCUAUUAUCCGAUUAACAAUUAGCUAUUUGAAGAUGAGGGACUUUGCUAAUCAAGGGGAUCCUCCGUGGAACCUGCGUAUGGAAGGACCACCUCCCAACACAUCAGUGAAAGGGAUACAAAUAUGGAAAUCUGAGGUCUGCAUGAGAAAGACACCAUGUGAAGUUAUAGGUGCCCAGCGCAGGAGAAGCCCCAGUGCCCUUGCCACUGAAGUAUUUGAGUCACAUUUGGGAAGUCACAUUUUACAGUCACUGGAUGGAUUUGUAUUUGCACUAAACCAAGAGGGAAAGUUUUUGUACAUUUCGGAAACUGUCUCCAUUUAUCUUGGCCUCUCCCAAGUGGAACUGACAGGCAGCAGUGUGUUUGACUAUGUCCAUCCUGGUGACCACGUGGAGAUGGCUGAGCAGCUGGGCAUGAAACUUCCCCCGGGACGAGGCCUUCUCUCACAGGGAACUGCCGAGGAUGGAGCCAGCUCAGCAUCUUCAUCUUCUCACUCUGAGACCCCUGAGCCAGUGGAAACUACAAGCCCAAGUCUACUUUCAACAGACAACAAUCUAGAGCGUUCUUUUUUCAUUCGGAUGAAAUCUACACUGACCAAGCGAGGUGUACACAUAAAAUCUUCAGGAUAUAAGGUGAUCCAUAUAACAGGAAGGUUACGACUAAGAGUUUCGCUGUCUCAUGGGCGGACCGUCCCGAGCCAAAUCAUGGGGCUUGUUGUCGUUGCGCAUGCCCUACCCCCUCCUACAAUCAAUGAAGUCAGAAUUGACUGCCACAUGUUUGUUACUCGAGUAAACAUGGACCUCAAUAUUAUUUACUGUGAAAAUAGGAUUAGCGAUUACAUGGAUCUGACCCCUGUAGAUAUUGUAGGGAAAAGAUGUUACCACUUCAUUCAUGCUGAAGAUGUGGAAGGGAUCAGGCACAGUCAUUUAGACUUGCUGAACAAGGGUCAGUGUGUUACAAAAUACUACCGUUGGAUGCAGAAAAGUGGGGGCUACAUUUGGAUACAGUCUAGUGCCACUAUCGCUAUUAAUGCCAAGAAUGCAAAUGAGAAAAACAUCAUCUGGGUUAAUUACCUUCUGAGUGAUCCAGAGUAUAAGGACACUCCAAUGGAUAUUGCACAACUUCCACACUUGCCAGAGAAAACCUCUGAAUCCUCUGAGACAUCUGAUUCUGAAUCAGAUUCAAAGGAUAACUCGGAGGACAAUGAGAAUUCAAAGUCGGAUGAAAAAGGAAAUCAUUCAGAAAACAGCGAAGAUCCCGAAUCAGAUAGGAAGAAGUCUGGCAAUCAGUCAGAUAAUGAAAUGAACUGUAAUGAUGAUGGGAACAGCUCCAGCAACCAGGACAGCAGAGACAGUGAUGACAGCUUUGAGAAUUCUGACUUUGAGAAUCAAAAGGCCCCCGAAGAUAGCUUUGGCACUCUUGGUUCUAUGCAGAUUAAGGUGGAGCGCUACGUGGAGAGUGAGUCAGACUUGCGGUUACAGAACUGUGAGUCAUUGACCUCGGACAGUGCCAAGGACUCAGACAGUACAGGAGAAGUAAAUGCCCAGUCUUCCAGCAAGCAUCAAAAAAGGAAGAAGAGAAGGAAAAAACAGAAAGGAGGCAGCGUGGCCCGGAGAAGGCUCUCAAGCACCUCAAGUCCAAAUGGGCUUGACUCAGCAUUGGUGGAUCAGCCCCAGCUGCUCUCACCGCCAAACAGUGCCUCAGUGCUCAAAAUCAAAACAGAGAUCUCAGAACCUAUCAAUUUUGAUAAUGAUAGCAGUAUUUGGAAUUACCCACCCAACAGGGAAAUCUCAAGGAACGAAUCACCUUACAGUAUGACCAAGCCCCCCAACUCAGAGCACUUCCCUUCCCCCCAAACCAGCAGUAGUUUACAUGUCUCCAUUCCAGACUCUGUUCUAACCCCGCCAGGGACUGAAAAUCCUGCCAAUCGCAAAUCUCAAUUCAGCACCUCAUCCAACUCCGCCUUGGCUCCUGUAUCCUCUGAUCCUUUGUCCCCACCUCUUUCAGCAUCUCCACGGGACAAGCAUCCGGGUGGCCCCAGCACUUCCAAUUCUUUAUUGUAUACGGGGGAUCUGGAAGCCCUACAGAGAUUGCAAGCAGGCAAUGUGGUCCUUCCUUUGGUUCACAGGGUAACUGGAACCCUUGCUGCCACCAGCACGGCUGCUCAGAGGGUCUAUACCACUGGCACGAUCCGGUAUGCCCCAGCUGAAGUUACUUUAGCCAUGCAGGGCAAUCUCCUCCCCAACACUCACGCUGUUAACUUUGUGGACGUUAACAGCCCCGGUUUUGGCUUAGAUCCUAAAACACCAAUGGAAAUGCUCUACCACCAUGUCCACCGACUCAAUAUGUCAGGACCAUUUGGAAGUGCUGUGAGCGCAGCCAGCCUGACCCAAAUGCCUGCAGGGAAUGUGUUCACAACUGCCGAAGGACUGUUCUCGACUCUUCCGUUUCCUGUGUACAGCAACGGCAUCCAUGCUGCACAGACACUGGAACGGAAGGAGGACUGAAAUAUGACCACAUAUUGUGUUCCGUGUUAAACUCCGAGGCAUAGACUAUGUUUUAAUUUAGACCUUUAAUCCUAGCACUUUGAAUUUGAGCAGGUCAGCUUAUUCUCUCCAUAUGAUGCUCCCCAUUUCAUCCCCUUUCUCUUUGACUUGACUUAUUCUUUGAUGGGAAAGAUACUUUUAAUUUUGGCCUUCAGAAAACUGAAGUAUCAGUGGCCUGCCAUUUUGUCUUCUUCCAAGAUGUGUAUUUCUUUUCCUUUUGCAUCUUUAUUAAGAUGCCUUUAAUAUGCGUAUGCCUCUGCCAUAGAAUACUCAGUGUUGUGGUAAAGAGAUUGUAAGAAUGACAACCAUGGGGUUUACUUUAAAUUGAUCUUGAUAUGAUCAAGGUUAAAAGAAACAAGCAUAAAACAAUGUGCCCUGUUUGACUAAGUCAAAUGAAAAGGGGGGUAUUUGUUCCUAAUUCCUUUUAAAAAAAUAGGGGAUAGUAUUUUAGAAUUUUAUGCAGAGUUUAAUUUACUUUUUAUGGUUAAGAUUUUCUUACUUGCACAUACAAUAAUUUGGGUUCUUAAAAAUUAAUUUCUGGCCUGUGAUUAGAAUAAUAAGAAGAUGGACUAAAUGUUAACUACAGAAACAUUAACUUAAUUUCUAAAACCAUGGUGCUAUCAUUUAUUAAUCUGUAAUGUCUUCACACAAUAUGCAGCUUGUGGGCUGGGUUUUGUUUUUGUUUGGAAAGGAAUGUCUUCUGUGCUAGUCCAUAGUCAGGUGCUGCAGUUUCCUUGGUUAGUUAAGACAAAAGCCCUCAUUAACAUUUGCUGCAGGACUUAAUUUGUUUACCUCCAAACUAACAAAGCCUCAUAUUAAAUUUAAAUGGAUCUGGAAGACUUUUCUUUUGGGGAGUUGAGCAAAUGUGCUAAAAAGAACAAGAAAAUGCAGUGAAAUUGACUUAAAGACCAGAUUUUUUAAGGUGUAUAUUGUUUCUCUUUCUAUUUUUUUAUUCUCAGUAGAACUGAGGCUAAUUUUACAACUUCCAAAUAAGUGAAUGAAUGAGUAAGUGAGUGAAUGUGUGUGUCUGUGUGCAUGUGUGUGUGGAUAUAUGUAUGUGUGUGUGCGCGUAUUUACACACACACACACAACACAUAUAUACAUGUAUGCUUAAUGUUAUAGAGGGAAGGUUGUAUCUUUAUUUUUAUGUUUUGCUCAUUGUUUUCUCUUUUGUAAUCCCCCUCCUCCUCCUAGUGUUGAAGCCAAUAUGUUUUAACAAAUGGGUUAAUAAGCUUGAACUAGAUAACUGCAACUAAAAAACUGCACAUUAAGUAAAAACAAAAGAAAAGAAGUCUAUUUUGUCUUCGUUGCCAGAAAUCAGUGUAGUGUCAAACACUCCAAAUGACUGUCAAGUAUAAAUUCUUCUUCCACUCCAUCUUUGGCAGCUGUUUGUUAAGGCAUCUAAUAACAGAUGUGAGAACUGUAAUGUGUACAAUGUGUAAGUGUCCUUGGCUGUCAGUCUCAUUGCAGUUUCAAUGUGUGUUACUAUAUGCAGUAUAUACUAAGCUAAUGUAGUUGUUUUGUCCUUUGUCUUCUCUGUGCUUUAUCUCUAGUCUGGAGUGGCAAAGUCCCAUUCCUACAGUCCUAGUGAACCAGUGAUUCUUGGGGGUUAGUAGUUUUUGUGUGGUGGCCUUCCACUGUCUGUAUACCUUUUCAUUUCUGCUGUUGCUUUGCUGGUGUGUAUUUUCAGACCUUUCUCUCCCUCUGUUUACUUCCAACCUUCACCUUUCUUCCCAAUUUCUUCUUCUAACUCUUUCUCUCUUUUUCCAUUCUCAGAGAUAAAAGACUCUUAACUAGCUCAAGGUAAUGGAGCCAUUUUUCCCCACAGAGGAGUUCUGGGUAUGUCUUGCUCGUACAGUGUGCAUCACACAAUGCACUAAAGGAUGAUACUCAGACAUAUUAAAUGAAGUGAUGCCAUAUAGCCUCAGUUGUUAACAUUUCCAGAGUCCCUUGUGCUCUAAUUGUAAGUAGAGGGUGCAUUUCUUUGGUGUUCUCCCAAGUUGGUUAAUGGAAUAAUACAGAAAGAGAUAGAAAAUUCUUGGAGUGCUCAACCAAUGUGGUUCAAAAGCAAAGCUGAGCUUUGGAUUGUCAAAUAUAUAUUUUUGCAUACCUGAGCAAUGUGUUGCUGAUGUAUUUUAGCUCAGCAGUUCUCUACAUACCGUAGUGGAUGACCCUUUGUGUUGAAAUGAAGCCGAGUACAGUGGGGUUUGAAUUGGAGAAGUAGAGAUGAGAAAGAGUGGGAUAGAGUGAUGCCCACAAAGGGCACUGAAUGUCAUAAAAUUUGAUAAUGAGCUUGUAAAGGGUUAAUUUGAAAGAUUUUAGGUAGAUUCCAAGGCCAAGAGAAGCUACUUUGGGUUUCGCUUUGGAAGUUCUAGCUGUUGAACAAUCAAAGGAGUGCACCUAUCGGCUACAAAGACAGCUAGACAGCUGUUAUUGCUUUAUUUUAUUUUAUUUUUUAUAAAUGUUUCUGUGUUGUGUCAAAAUGAUUUCUGGUGAUUUAACCUAACAGAUAAUCACAGCUGCUGUCUAAAUCCAUAGUGUUUAAAAUUACAAAAUGGAAAAAAAAACCUUCAUUACCUGUGAAAGACUGUGUCUGUGUUUUUAACUAUUUCUUGUACAAAUAUAUGAAAUCUUUUAUGAGGAGACUGGUGCCAAGUAGCUGAAUAAAGGGGAAAGGGAUUCUGUUCGUAUAAAUCUUAGCAGUGUUACCAACUCUACAAUAUAUUAAAAAAAAUAAUUAAAACGUUUAAAAAUGACAGCUAUGGUACAUUUAUUUUGUGUUAACCUAACCGAAUCUAACUUCUUGAGUGCCUGGCUUAUUCGAAACAUUUUUUUUCAUUGAUCAUUGAUAAUGCUGCAAAUCAGAAAUGUACAUACUUCAUUUACAGCAGGGUUCUUUUUAUACUUUUGUAGAUUCUCAUACAUGUCAUACAUGGUUGUCUUUAUGUAACUUAAUUUUUUUCAUCCUG